AAGCUAUUUUGAAACUCUAGAGUCGCUCAUGAUCCUGUUUGUUGGACCUCGUCCUCACUCUACAUCCGAGAGAGUGCGGUCUGUCAAUUAUAACCCUACGGGGAACUCCCAUUUGCCUGAGGCAUACUUCUUUGAUCUCAUCACGUGAACGGCGCUCGCGUAAUUUUUGCCCAAAAAAAAACAAACACCGGCAUCGAUAGUUGUCCAAGCAUCGUUGAGAGAACGCGUCCUCCGGUGAUCGAAUCGCAAAAAUGUCCCAAACACCAGAAAUCCUUCUCCUGAGUCUUACCGGCCGCGAAUGCUCGGAUGAUUAGAUGUACUCGCACAUGAUUUUUGAUCUCGCCGACCGAUCGUACCUGAGAAGCGUAAAAUCAGUCAGUGGUGCAACCAAAUAUCUGGACAGAAUUACUCCCAAGGCCAUCAUUGUAACCGAUGAGGGCUUAACCGAGAGCAAGCAUGAAGCCGUGCUGGACAGAAUUCGGGAAUACGUCAAAAAUGGCGGAAUGGUGAUCAUGGGGAUUUUCUUCCCCAGUUUUACUCCUGUGGACAGCUUCAAUAAGUUCUUCAACCAAUCAUUCGGUCUGAUUUGGCGUGCUGGAGACAAUUUCGUGUCUACUGACGAGUUAAACCCGAUCUGCAGUCUUCCUGGGGACGCAACGAAGCAUUCGUUCCCAGCGUCAUACACCAGCAAGGCCGUCCAUAUCCGUGACGCCCAACCGCACGAAAUUAUCAUGGGACCUCUCUCCGGCGCGCAAACACAGUCCCUUGUGUCUUCGGCAGGCCCAGGCGGCGAGUCCCAGGCUGUGGUCGUAGGGGCCAAGAUCGGGGAUGGCUACUUGGCUACAUCGGCGAUGUCCGUUCAGAAAAGAAAACUGUGCAAGUUAUUAUAGCACUAUGUGGUCUGCCUCAUCGCGUUGAAUCAGAUAUAUGGGGGUAUUAUGGUUACUGAUAUACGCGCGCUUGAGG